AUGGCUGGCAUUUCAUUCUAUUGGGGUCUCGGCUUGGAAAGUUCGCUCAUCACAGGCACCAUCCGCGUUGGCAUACAGCUCUCCAUACUUGGCGCUAUUUUACAACCAAUUUUUACCUAUGGCGCAAAGCACUGGUGGAUCGUCUUGAUCUACGUCUUGUUUAUGAUCACACUCGCUUCAUUCGAAGCCUCGGCACGAUCCCGAUACGUUUUUGACGGCAUGAUCCCAUGCGUGUUUGCAUCUUUUGUCAUUUCCAUAGCUACUACGUCUGCUUUUGCUUUUGGCAUUUUACUCGAAGUGUCACCUUUCUGGAAUCCACAGUACGUCAUUCCAAUCAUUGGCAUGUUGUUAGGGAACGGCAUCAACGGGGUAGCCCUGGCGCUAAAUACCUUUCUUAACGCCGUCGUGUCAGAUGCCACGGCCGAAAUUGAAUUAUGCUUAGCAUACGGAGGCACCUUUCGGGAAGCCUCUGCGUUGAUGACGCAACAAGCCGUCCGAGUGAGUGCCAUGCCUAUGCUUAACAGCAUGGCAGUCAUGGGACUUAUAUCGAUCCCGGGUAUGAUGACCGGGCAAAUUUUAGGCGGCAGCAACGUGGUCGAAGCGGCAAGAUAUCAAAUGUUGAUUUGUUACUUAAUUGGCGCAACGGCGUUUGGUACCAUUUUGGCAGCAAUUGUGGUUUGCCUUUACGUUGCUUUCGAUUCACAAAAUCAUCGAUUGCGCUUGGAGCGCUUUUCGAAGCGC